AUGCGUCCUUGCUCCUCCCAGCCACUUUCGAAACCGCCGUUUGGGAAGGACGGCUUUUCGAAAUAUUGGACAAAACAUCGACCUUUGAAACUUCCAAAACGUGCUCGGCAUGCAUGUAGAGUGCUCAGCCCACUGGAGCGCUUAGAAGAACUCGGAACUCGACGUUUUGGUGUCAUCUUUGAACUUGAAGGUAUUAUAGUGCCCAGUUGUGCAAAAGCAGACCGAGAAGAGUGGCAACAGAUAGCGCGUGAGGAAGGCCUCGAACAACCUGCUGAGUAUCAACUCCGGGCGGCUCUUCGGAAGAAGACAGAUCAUGCGGUCUCUCGCGUAUUCAACUGGGCAUCCGAGCCACAGCAAGUGCGGUUCUUGACUCAGCGCAAAAGCGCACUUUUCUGCAAAAGAACGGAAACCACUGAUCACAGAGCCCAUGAGCAUGUUCUAGCAUUUUUGCGGCUACUCGAUGGCUUCGACGUGCCCUGUGCUAUUUAUUCUUCACAACUCUCGAGCGAAGAGCUAACAGUUUUGUUGCGUCGUUUGCAACUGACAGGGUACUUCAAGACGGAAUCAGUGAUAGGUCGUGACGACGUACAAAGUGGCUUACCAGACACUGAAUACUAUUUAGUUGCAGCGCGUGCGCUUUUUCGACCGAUCUCCAAAUGUAUUGUCAUAAGUGACCACCACCUCGCAAUCGAAGCUACGACUGAAAUAGGAAUGAAGUGUGUAAUUGUCAAUGGCGUCGACUCUACCUGGGAGUUGAGAGGUGCAAACAUGGUUGUGCCGUCGUUAGAGUGGAUAUCGUUUAGGAACUUACAAAAUAUUUUUAGCUUAGAUGUAUACGAAAGUUAG